AUGUCGAGGAGAAGCAGCGCCAUGGCUACCAGCUCCAAGGACACCCCCGUCGCCCAGCAGCCCGCUAUGGACAAGCAAAAGACGCUGCUCUCGGCCGACGUUGGCCACUUUUCUCUCGUACGCGCCAUGCACCUGGCCGAUUUAAUCACCCUCAUGAAUGGCUUCUGUGGCGUCAUGUCCAUCUUCUCGUCGCUGCGGUACUGCCUUGGCGACCCAAAGACCCUCGAUAAUGUCUGGCUGGCGCUCGCCUUCCUGCCCUUUGGCCUGUUCUUCGACUUCUUCGACGGCAAGGUCGCCCGUUGGAGGAACAAGAGCAGUCUCAUGGGACAGGAACUCGACUCUCUCGCCGACUUGAUCUCGUUUGGUGUCGCCCCGGCCAUGGUCGCCUUUACCCUCGGCCUACGCUCCCGCCUCGACACGGUUGGUCUCGCCUUCUUCGUCCUCUGCGGCCUCACCCGCCUGGCCCGCUUCAACGUGACCGUCUCGGUACUUCCCAAGGACGCCACCGGCAAGAGCAAGUACUUCGAGGGCACCCCCAUCCCCACGUCCCUCGGCGUCGAUGCAAUCAUGGCAUACUGGGUCUACAGCGGCUGGAUCUUGAAUGACCUGCCCUUUGGCGCGUGGUUCCAGGGCUCGGCCUUUGAGUUUCACCCCGUGGUGCUCAUGUUUAUGCUGCACGGGUGCCUCAUGACGAGCAAGACCAUCCGCAUCCCAAAGCCGUGA